UCUUUAUAAAAAUGCCUACCCGUCUGCAUCACAACCGCAAGAAGAGAGGUCACGUCUCUGCCGGUCACGGUCGUGUUGGCAAGCACCGCAAGCAUCCCGGAGGUCGUGGUCUUGCUGGUGGUCAGCACCACCACCGUAUCAACAUGGACAAGUACCAUCCCGGAUACUUCGGUAAGGUCGGUAUGCGUCGCUUCCACUUGACUCGCAACGGCCAGCACCGCCCCAUUGUCAACUUGGACACUCUCUGGACCCUCGUCUCCGAGCAGACUCGCAAGAACGCUGUCAAGAACACUGAGGUUGUCCCCGUCAUUGACACUCUCCGUGCUGGAUACGGCAAGGUCCUUGCCAAGGGUCGUCUCCCCGAGCAGCCCGUCAUUGUCAAGGCCCGCUUUGUCUCUCGCGCUGCCGAGCAGAAGAUCAAGGCUGUUGGUGGUGCCGUUCAGUUGGUUGCUUAAA